AUGUCUACUUACGAUACUCUGUACGGAGUGAUUUUCAAUAGCUCCAAUUUUUCCUGUGGUGUUGAUGCUCCUUCCAAUGCCACCUCUAUUUUCGGACAUGUCGUAUACGGAGGAGUACCGCAAAAUUUAUUGAUCAAUUUUAUCGUUUGGGUGAUCAUGUUGCUAAUAUUUAGCAUUUUGCGUCGCUCUGCUUCCCAAACCAAUGAAACAUUACUAGGAGAUGCUGAUAGGAGGUGGAUUAAUGUAUUUUAUAGCUCGGUACAUGAACCAACUGAAGAUGAUAACGAUACUGAUGUGGUCACAGUGACUCGUCCACAAGGAGCAAUUCAAGAUACAAAAACAGACGAUAGUGAAAUUAAUAACGGAGAAAAUUCACAUUUACAACAUCAGACAGUAAAUGACGGAUCGCCUACAGCAAAUAACAAAUGGUUGUUCUCUUGGAUUUCCAAUUUAAUUCAUCUUUCGCUAUCAGAUAUUGAAAAAAAGUGCGGAGCAGAUUCCGUCCGUUAUCUCAUCUUUCAACAAUAUAUGAUACUCUUGCUAGUCGUAUAUACUGUACUCUCUAUAGGCAUUAUUUUGCCUGUAAAUAUUCAAGGACUUUUAGACAGCCAAGACAAAUUUGAUGCUACAACAAUUACGAAUAUCAAUCCCAGGGCACCAGUCCUCUGGCUGCACACAGUUUUUGCUGUGUUAUAUUUACUAAUAAAUAUUAUCCUGAUGUAUCGAUAUUCUACUCAGUUAGGAGUGAGGAGGAAUGAGAUGUCAUCCAAUACCAUCUGCGUAAGAGGACUACCCAAAAAUACUACUGAUAAAAACUUGAUUAAGCAACAUUUCGAGGAAGCUUAUAAUGCAUGUCAAGUUACGGCAGUUGAAUUUGCCUACGAUAUAAAGCUUUUAACUAAAUAUUAUCGCGAUAAGCAUUUAUACGGAGCUUGCUUAAGAUUUUGUCAACGCCAGUAUGAUACAACUGGUGAAAGACCUAUGAUUGGCUAUUGUACCUGUUGUAAUUGUAGGGGUUGUAAGCAGGCCGAUGGGAUCACAUACUAUACGAAUAAUUUAGAAUUAGCUUCAUCUAACUACGACAAAGAAUUACAGCGGUUUGCUGCUUCUACAAGUGCCUUCGUCACCCAAGUUUUUCCAACCAUAAUGUUGUGGGCUAUUGGGUCACUCUUGCCAUUGACUGUAGUCACUUUGAGUGGAUACGAAGUAUUCACUAAAAACGCUGCAGCAUUCUUUGAGUUGACGUUUGAUCGAGGAACCUUUCUGACUCAAUUGCAGUGCGUUUUUCUUGCAAACAAUGGGGCCUUUUUUGUAAAUUAUCUGAUAACAUCCGCAUUUAUUGGUAACGCGUCUGAGAUAUUGAGACUCCCGGAAAUGGUUAUCUUGGGAUUCAAAAUGCUUUUUACUAAAAGUACACCUGAAAGAGAAACGCUAAAAUUGAAAGAGAAGGGUUUUGACUUUGGUUCCCAGUAUUCUUGGAUAUUAGUUACAAUCACAAUUGCGAUUAUUUAUAGUCUUAGCUGCCCAUUGGUUACUCCUUUUGGCUUAGUGUAUCUAGUUCUAAAACAUUACACGGAUAAAUACAAUAUGUACUAUGUAAAAAGCCGGACUGCCUACUACGAUUCCGAAAUCCAUGAUACUGCUAUUUCCUUCUCAGUUUUUGGAACCAUUAUGAUGUUAGGAUGCGUUUUAUUUUAUAAUAUAUUACGUAUAGGUACGGCUGACGCUCGAUCUGUAUUCACAUUUGUUAUUCUAAUUAUAUCGUUGGUAUUCUAUUUUGGAGUAAUUGGUUUCAAUGUAUGUUCAAGAUUCAUUCCUAAAAAGAAAUACAUGACAGAAGAAGAUUCUAAUUCCGGUCGCAACUAUACUUAUCUACCUUUCGUUCUGAUGCAAGAGAAGUCAUUUACUCAACAAACUGUCAAUGAAGAUAAAAUGCCUGCUGAAAGAUCCUACGGUACUUAUCAGUAG